UGCCUUCGUAUGUUGAAGCUUUACGCGUCAGCGUUCAAUCAGCAUAACGGUCACGUGCACUUGUUCAUUUUUGCUCCACCAAAAAAAUGAACCCGCCAAUUCUGAACCUCCCUCACAAAGACGUGUACGAGUCAACAUGACGAUAGAAAAUGUCGGUCAGAACGGGUAUUGGUCAGCACCCACCAUUAAUGAGCUGAAGCGCCUAAAAGCUGAAGACAUCCGCUCUGUCAAGGAUUUUCGAGCUGGCAGAACCCAUGUCGGCAGCAUACACUUUACACAAGCAGUGGAUCUAACUGACAUUGAUCUGGAUUCGCUCCUCGGCGGCUUGAUUUGUUUUGAACACGGAAGUUGCACGGUAUAUCCAAUAGAAUCAGACACUCCACCAAUGGGUCAAGGGCUCAACGUACCUGCAACCAUCGAACUAUGUAAUCUCAAGUCCCGGGUACCUAAUGUCAUACCAUUGCAAAGACUGAUUCGGAAACUGCAGUCUGUCAAAUAUACCCACUUCAUGGACUACAAUCGAACCCUUCACCGCUGGACAUUUGGUGUACAACAUUUUACACGUUACGAGUUUCCAAGUAUAGAAGAUGAGGACGAAACCAUGCUAGAUGUCGUGGAACACGCUAUUGAAGAUAUUGUCGAGAGCCCAUCCAUUCUUGCUGCCACUGCCACUGCCGCCACGGCUGCCAUCGCCAUUUUAGAUCGGUUAGACGACGAAGAGGAACAGAAGAAACCCAAUGGAGAGUCACACGACCAUAAUAUGUUGACUGACAAUGAGCCUUCUACAAAGACCACCUCGGGCCCCAAACGAACAUUACAAGAUAUGGCGGAAUCCCUGUCAACUGAUUCUGCUAUGAAGGACGUCAACGAUGAUUAUCACGAUAUGCAGACGCGAUCCUCUUUUGAGAAUCACGUUGCCGACGAAGUACAACCACGCGCAAACAAGUAUUUUAAAGUUGGAUACUCUGAAUCAGUAGCCUACAAGUACAGUAAUAUGUUGGUAGAUGCUGGUCUCACCAUGGGAAGAUCUUUCAGACCUGGAUGGAGUACGGGUGAUCUGCUUGCUAACAGCGGCAAAAUAGUUGGAGUACGCGGUUUGAGUGACUCCAGAUCAAAAUCACAGUUGGAAGCGAUGUCUGCCAAUGUAUCUAUACAAAACGUUCAUUAUACCUCCCCUACAAGUUUUGACGCGACUCCUUGCAAAGAACUAUUAGAAAACAUGCUCGAGCAGACUGAUAUUAUCACUGAAAAUGGGAAUGUACCAUACGCGAAGCUGGCGCCUGGCGCGACGUUUGGUAAUCUGUUAGGUGGAAGGUGGUCCUUCAUUCCAUCCCAUGAACUUCUUGUUCUCAAGUUGUGUCAAGGUCUUUACGACCCAUUCGAUGAACCCACUGCUGGGGUAGCUGAUGUAGAAGCGGCGCGAAAGAGGAGAUUCACGAAGUGGUUGGAGGAUGCAGUUACCCAGGAUAUGGAACGCGAUUUAGAACAGCAUGCAGCAGACGGCAACAUCGCAGCAACCGUAUUCACCUACCUCACCGGUCAUCGCAUAAAGGAAGCAUGCAAUGCUGCCAUUGAAAACCGUGAUCAUAGACUAUCCACUCUACUACCGCAAGUCAUUACCGGCUCAGAAACAUUCCGCAAUUACAUCAAAGCUCAGUUACGCUUAUGGAAGGAUUAUCAAUACGAAGGCAUGAUUAGCAAAGACUACCGAAAGGUGUAUGAGGUCAUGAGCGGCAAUGUUGGACUCACGCAAGGCAUGAACGGCGCUGUUGGAGAUAGCGACAGAGUACUAGUCAGCGAAGGACUGGAUUGGAAGAGAACUCUGGGACUUUAUAUCUGGUAUCACAGCUCACCGGACACCACUUUGGAAGAUGGCUUGAACAAAUACUUGGAAGCAACCACACACCGCGAACUUGCUUUGAGAGUCGCUGAACCUACACCUUGGUAUCUAGGGCCCCACGCUGUCUCUCCUAGACGCGACAUGCUCUUCAAAAUCAUCAAGAUGUAUGCGCAACAAUCGAACGACAUUCGCGCUGCGUUGGAUCCCUUAGGAAUUACAAGCGAUCCAUUAGAUUAUCGAAUGACCUGGUGUCUCUCUGUCAUGCUCUCCAAAGCUUUGAACGUCUCGGUUGAUACGGAUAGUAGUACGGUGAGCCUUGCCUCACAAUUGGAAGCUAUGGGCUUAUGGGAGUGGGCCAUAUACGUGCAAUUAUAUCUGCAGGAUCAGUCUUGCCGUCAGAUCGCGAUACAGAAUGUCCUGGCUCGCCAUGUAGAUGUCAAUACGACUGUUGAGCAAGAAUCGUUUUUGAGAGAUACACUUAGAAUUCCGACUACGUGGAUUGAAGAAGCAAAGGCAUUACGGGCAGCUCAUAUAGGAGAUUUACAUGCACAGGUCGAUGCCCUCAUUAAGGCAGAUAAACAUGCUGAUGCACAUCACUUGGUAGUAGAAAAGCUUGCCCCCGAAGCAGUAAAGUCAGAUGAUCUCUCAAGUAUAGAAGAUAUCUUGCGACGAAUUGACUCUAGCAAAGUCCUAGAUUGGCAACAAUGUGGACAAUUGUUUUUGUCAUACAUCAUGUUGACUAAACAAUCAGACAAUCAAGAUGACAAUGUAUUGAUUGAAUUGAAAGAUACUGUAUUACGAGACCUUCGCAACCUGAAGCUUCAGAAUGAUUCAAGACGGCAACGUAACAUUCCAUUGGCUGAGUGUAUCUCACAGAUGGCCGUCCGGUGUGCUCUACACCCUCAGCGAUAGCAUAUUUUAAAUAGCAAAAUCACAGAUAAUAUGUAUAGAAGAAUAGCAUCACCGAUCGAGAACCCAGGAGCACAUAAAGUUGAAGCAAUUUAUUUCCGUCGCCUGUCAUCGUGCGAUAUUUCACAUAUCCCGAUUUGAUGAGAAAAAAAUUAUAAUUAGAGGGUAGUUCAAAGG